AUGGAACAAGAAAAUGGCACUGACAUAAUGGAAUUCAUUCUCCUGGGAUUUUCAGGUCAACACAAAUUUUGGCAUAUCCUCUUUGUAGUAUUUCUAGUGAUCUAUGUGACCUCCCUUGUGGGUAAUCUUGGGAUGAUCCUUCUCAUCAAGAUUGACUCUAGCCUUCACACCCCUAUGUACUUCUUCUUACAGCACUUGGCUUUUGUUGAUCUCUGUUAUUCCUCUGCUAUCGCUCCCAAGAUGUUGCAAAACUUCCUAAGUACAGACAAAUCCAUCUCAUACAGAGGAUGUCUAGUACAAUUGCUAGUCUAUGGUAUUUUUGCAACAAGUGACCUCUACAUCCUAGCUGCUAUGGCAGUGGAUCGCUAUGUGGCCAUCUGCAACCCACUCCGCUAUCCAGUAGUCAUGUCACAGAGAGUCUGCAUUCAACUGCUACAUGGCUCAUACUUCAUGGGUUUAUUAAAUGGAUCUGUAAAUGUAAGUUUUACCUUCUCAUUGAACUAUUGCGAGUCCAAUGCAAUUAACCACUUUUUCUGUGAUGAGCCUCCAAUUCUUGCCCUUGCGUGCUCCAAUGUUUACAUUAGCAUCAUGGUACUAGCAGUCUUUGUGGGGUUUAACUUGGUGUUCACCGUGUUGGUGAUCAUCUUUUCCUAUGCAUACAUCCUAGUGGCCAUCCUGAAGAUAUCUUCUACAGCUGGGAGAAAAAAGGCCUUCUCUACAUGUGCCUCUCACUUGACAGCUGUCACCAUUUUCUAUGGGGCGCUGGCUUACAUGUAUCUACACCGUAGUACCACUGAGACUCAAGAACAAGAAAAAGCAGCUUCUGUGUUUUAUGGCAUCGUGGUCCCCAUGAUAAAUCCUUUGAUCUACAGCCUGAGAAACAAUGAAGUUAAAGAAGCUCUAAAAGGGAUCAGAAAGAAGUUCUUUUAG